GGAUGCGUUUUACCUGGAAAUAAAGAUAUUUUAUCAGGAUGAGCUCGAGUACAGGUAGUCUGAUCUCUGCACGCAGCUCGUGGCUGUGCUCAUCACAGAUCCAGCUGUCGGAUAUUCUCACCGUAACACAAGAGAACAGACCCAACGAUGACUGCAGGUUUGACCAUGACAGGUGUAAAGCUGUCUGUCUGGAGAGAGCUGAGGAGGGCUCGCCAUGUGUCGUCACACUUCUGUGUUCACACAGCUCUUCAACUGUGAUCAGCAGUCUUCAGCUUGUCAGUGAAGCCCGCACCUUUGAAGUGUACUCACUGUCUGGAGAAUACUGUGGCACCUGCCGCGGGGAGGAAGUUCAAAGAUCACACAAUGAUGGUUGUGAAGAUGAGGGGCAUUUCUAUAGGAAUCAUCUGGUGCUGGAAAGCCCUGCUGCAUCGUGUGAGGUGAAGCUGCUCUCUCUUGGUGGCCGCUCUUCUGUGGCUAUCACCCAUGUGGGUGUGGGACUGGAGACGCUCAAGGACGGGCAAGGUGGCCCGAGUGUAGACCCAGGCAUCGACCUUCAGCGUGUGCAGACUAUGAUGGAGGAGAUGGGCACCACACUUUCACCAGGAGCACAGAACCUCAUGGAGCUGGUGCAGUGCCAGCAAAAGAAUAAGUCAGACAUGCUGAAUGGUUUCAUUCCUCUGCUCAUGGGAGGUGGAGCUUUGGGCUGUUUGUCAAGAGGAGGUGGGGCUUCUGAUGCCACAGGGGCGGAGUCAGGCCCAAAUCCACCGUCUGGCCUCGAGCAGCUUCUGUCUGCCAGCAACCAGAUGCCCGGUGCCAUGUCUGCCCUCCUGAGCUCUGAAACCGGCACGAUAAACCCAGACCUGCUUCCAAUGCUGCAGAGCGUAUGCGGUCAGGUCACGCAGCUCCGUCUGGAGGAAGCCACAUCUCCAGAGAGGAAGAAGAAUGGAGAACGGGAGGGUCAUAUGUGUUGUGGAGGCUUUGAGAAGAUUCUGGAGACAGUCGUAGAGAAGAGAAUGGAUGAGAUGGAGAGAAGAUUAAAGGAACAUCUGGACCUGCGUCUAGACGCUCUUCAGCAGAGACUGGAGAUCACGCUUCAGCAGGCGCUCUCUCAUAAACAACACCAGUAAACAACACAAGAUAACCUGAACACUUAUAGCAAGAUCUUCAGCCUGAGCUUUUGCUUCAAUGACACCCAUAAUAUUCUAAAAAGGGAUAUUUAAGCAGAAUUCAUGUCAACUAUCCCUUUAUAACAAAAAUGGUUUAACAUGUUUCUUUUGCCAGCAGUCUCUACUGCUUUGCAUGGAAAUUUUUUACAGUUUAAACAACAAUCGCUGGUCUUCAAGAGUCCCUCGGAAGAGACUGUACUGAUUGGUUUGUGCAGUAAUUAACAACUUGUCGAGUCGGUUCACUAACUCGAGUCCCCAAACAGUAUCAGGUGAUUUUCUCAAAUCACAAAUACUUGAGGAACUGUUCUUAACACUGUUGAUACUAUGUAUAAAUGAUUUUAUCCAAAAGAUACUAUACUCAUGCUGCUACAAUAACUUUUUUCUGAUAUUCUGACUAUUACACCAUAAGCUGCAUAUUUUCAUUUGGUUCAAAUGUUAACAAACAGUUUAUUUACGAAGAACGGUUGCACUGACAGUGUCAAGUAUAGAGUAUUUUUCACUGUAAAUUGCCUUUGUGUAAAUUAUGUUGAUAUGUUUAUAAUGUUCAUACUAGAGAACUAAGGACAAAAAAGAACAACAUUAAAAUGCUGUUU